UGGAUCUUAUCUGGCGGCAGUCAUGAUGGAGCGCUUGAAGGGAAAAGUAGCAAUCGUAGUUGGUGCAAGCGAGGGCAUCGGCGCCGAAAUCGCGAGGCAACUGGCGAAACACGGGCUAAUCGUGGUUCCGGUUGCAAGAAAUUUGGAGAAAAUUAAGACCUGGGCUGACGAAUGGAAAGCGGCAAACGGUGGCGAGAUCCAUCCACUAAAAUGCGACACCACGCAGGAGAGUGAUAUUAACUCUGUCAUGGAAUGGGUUGAGGAAAAGUUUGGACAGGUGCACGUUUUGGUCAACAAUGCAGCCACUUGCCCUCAUGCAACUCUUUUUGAUGGGAGCACUAAAGAUUAUAGGCAAAUUUUGGAAGUGAAUAUUUUGGGAUUGACGAUUUUUACCAGAGAGGCGAUUAAGCUGAUGAGAAAGACUAAUGUUGACGGCCACAUUGUUCAAAUCAACAGUACUUCCGGACAGCAAAUUGUUCAAGAGCCACCGGGAAAUUAUAUGUAUGCAGCCAGCAAGCACGCAGUCAGGGUGCUUACUGAAGGACUGCGAAGGGAACUCCGGGACAUUGGAACAAAAAUUCGCGUCUCGAGCGUGAGUCCUGGGUUGGUAAAAACCAACAUUUUUGCAAAUAGUGGAGUAGCGCAGGAUGUAAAUGACUCGAUUUUUUCUGAGAAUCCUUGUCUGGAUCCAUAUGAUAUUGCUGACGCAGUAAUUUACGUUUUGGGCGCCCCACCACAUGUACAGGUUCAUGAACUGACUGUUCAACCUAAUGGUGAAAAAUGGUGAACAUUACUUAUUAUGAGGCAGAGAAAUUUUUGUCUUGAUGUGUCCAUGUAACUCUUCUUAUGAUACAUUAUGAAACAAAUAAAAAAAAUUGCAUUUCAA